CGUUCGCGUUGUACGCUCGUUGGUCUGGUUUGGCGUGUGCCUGAUGCUGAUUAUUGACGUGCGCCACCAAACGAUUUUCUCAAAUACGGUACGUUGAGUCGCGCAAAAUAUAUACAAAGCUUUCGGCUGCUUGGAAUAAUACCGCGCGCGUUUGAUAUAAGGUGAAGAAGAAGCAGCAGCAAAUUGAAAAGUGAAAACGGCGUUUGCUGGGUUCAUCGCCUAAAAGUAGGCUAAUAAUUGUGUGCAUUUACGUGCAUUAGCGCGUCAACGCGCGCACGCUUACGCGGCGGACGCGCCAAGGGCCACGCACACAAACGUUGAGCCGUCGCCUCAACGAAAUUCAUUACAAUUCGCGUGCGCUCCAACUGCUGCGCCUACAUACAUACGUACAUAUGUAAGUGUCAAAAUGUGUAGUGUGUGAGUUUCUUAGUUUUCAAAGUGUUUAAGUGCAUUGCCGACGGCUACAAUUAAAGCAACGGCAGUUAAGCUUAGCAUAACGAGGACGACGACGGCUGCAGAGCAAGUGACAACUGCAUCACAGCAACAAAAACAACAACUAAAACAAUUGGAAUAUCAACUACAAGAACAACAACAACAACAACAACAACAACAACAACAACAACAUCAACAAUCUGAAAAGCAAUCGCACGGCAAUUUGCCUUGCCACGGCGGCGGCGUGUUAAGCGAAAGCUACAAAAUUCUAACCGAAUUAUCGAAAACGCCCCUUAGGGCUGUCGCGCUGGCGUCAUUUCUGGGCGACGGUUUCGCCGCGCUCGGUUCAAGAACACCAUCGGUUAAGGAUCUAAUGGCGUUCGGAUCGGUUUUACAUAAUAAUCAACAUAAUAUCGGACGCAGUGAACCGCCCGUUGGUGUUGGUGAUCCGUGUGCGGGUUGCAAUAAACCAAUAUUAGAUAAAUUUUUAUUAAAUGUCCUCGAACGCGGAUGGCAUGCAUCCUGCGUACGCUGCUGUGAAUGCCUUCAACCGUUAACGGAAAAAUGCUUUAGUAGAGAAUCGAAAUUAUAUUGUAGGAAUGAUUUUUUUAGGCGUUACGGCACAAAAUGCAGUGGCUGCGGUCAAGGCAUCGCUCCCUCCGAUCUCGUACGUAAGCCGCGCGACAAAGUAUUCCACCUCAAUUGCUUUACGUGUUGCAUCUGCCGCAAACAGCUCAGUACUGGUGAACAACUUUAUGUGCUGGACGACAAUAAAUUCAUCUGCAAAGACGAUUAUCUGCUAGGUAAAACGCCUGGUUGUGGGCAUAAUUCACUGAGCGAUUCAUUAAUGGGUUCCGCGAGCGAAGACGAAGACGACGAUGAUCCGCCACAUUUGCGCGGGCCACCGCUCGGCUUGGGCGUAUUAGGACCAAAUGGCCCAGACUCUGCGGGUGGACCGUUGGGAGCAUCCGAUAUCUCAGUACAAAGUAUGAGCACGGAUAGUAAAAACACGCAUGACGAUUCCGAUCAGGGUUCCUUAGAUGGCGAUCCUGAUGGCCGUGGUGAUUCACAAGCGGAGAAUAAGAGUCCUGACGAUGCGAACGGUUCGAAGCGACGCGGCCCGCGAACGACGAUAAAAGCCAAACAAUUGGAAGUACUGAAAACGGCAUUUAAUCAAACACCGAAACCGACACGGCACAUUAGGGAACAAUUGGCCAAGGAGACGGGGCUGCCAAUGCGUGUGAUACAGGUUUGGUUCCAGAACAAACGUUCCAAGGAGCGUCGCAUGAAGCAAAUCACCAGCAUGGGUCGUCCACCGUUCUUUGGCGGCGCGCGUAAAAUGCGCGGCUUUCCCAUGAAUCUCUCACCUGGUGGUCUCGACGAUGGUCCUGGUUUCCCUUAUUUCGCGGCUGAUGGCAAAUUUGAAUUUGGUUACGGUGGACCGCCGUUUCAUCCGCACGACGGACCAUUCUUUCCAGGACAUCCGGGCGGACCGAUGCCAUUUAAUACACCAGGCGGUCCCAUGGAUCACAGCGGCCCCAUACCGAUGGUGAAUGAAUUUGGUCUUACGCCCGAAUCGCAAUUUCUCAGUCAAGCUGGUGGUCCACCGAUGAGUAUACAAUCUGCUGGGGGACCACCGCCACCGCCUGAACAUCUACUUGCAGCGCAACAACAAGCACAGCAGCAGCAGCAGCAGCAACAACAACAACAAGCACAACAACCGAAUGGCCCGCGCUCAGCAUCACCAGAAUAUCUGACAGCGGCGAAUUUCAGUGAGCCCUCGAAUAUGCAAAAUGAGGGACUGGUUUGGUAAUAUACAAAACAAUUGGCCAAUCGGCUGCUGCUGCUGAAAACGUUGAGCGCACAACAGCAAAUGCAGCACCAACACCAGCAACAGCAACAGCAACAUCA